CUUUCUAAAUCCUUUCCAAAAUGUCUUUCAUCCGCCUAAAAUACAACAUUGUCGGAGAUCCUGCUGUGGGUAAAACCAAUCUAGUCUUGAGAUUUACAGCAGAUAGCUACAAAGAAGCACAUGAGGCUACGAUCGGAGUUGACUUCGGCUUUAAACAAGUUACUGUUAAUGAUCAAGCUUUUAAGCUGCAGAUCUGGGAUACACCUGGAGAAGAGAAAUUCUGUUGAUGAGGCAGUCGGCUUUAUUACAGAGGAAGCUCUUGAAUCUUCUUUGUAUAUGAUAUCACCAGCAAAGAAUCAUACGAAAGAAUUCCUUAUUGGAUUGAACAAGUCACUACAAUUGGUAACUUCGGACCUUCAGGCGCUGAUGACUGUCCAGUCUUUGUGCUAAUUGGUAACAAGUCUGAUUUGGCCGUUAAUAGAGAGGUUUCUUUCGAACAAGCCAAGAAGUUUGCUGACAAGCACAACAUGAUAUUCACAGAAACUUCAGCCAAGUCAAGCUGAAACGUUGAAGAAGUUUUCGAGUCCACAGCUGCAUGAGUUUAUGAGAAAGCAUGUAGUAUGGAUAACCCAAAGAUACUAAUUCCAAAUUUUUAUAAUAACUUAGAAGAUGGCCCAAAAGAUCAUAAACUCUUAUCAAAACCUGUUCAAAAAAAGAAAACUUGAUGCUAAUUCCCCUGAUUGUUUGUUUCAACCAAUAGAUUACUUUAAAAGUAUAAAACCGAAAGAGUGUAAUUC